GCAAUUUUUGUUUUCCUUUUUUCUUAGCAAUCAAAUUGUCACACUACAUAUUUCUAGCAAAGCUCAUGGUGUUUGCUCACACGAAUGAAUGGAGUUCUCCUUCAAGCCUGUGUCAGUUUCAGGAAGAAACUUUCUCAGUCCGUUCUGCAAAUACAUUCAUCUCACUCCAAGCCCUUCUUCUCUUCUCCCAAACUCACACGAACAACCCAAAAAACCAAGAAGCUACAAAACGCUCUCAGAGUUAUCGACCUCAUCACCCCAAAACCAUCCCCCGCCGCGCGCCGCCGCCAAGGCCAUCUCCGGCUCAUUCAGGACUUUCUGCAGUCAGAUUCCGACCACUUUACCUUCGGUUCUGCUUCCUCUGAUCCAACAAACCCACGAGUAAAAAUCUCAACUUUGUUCGAUGAAAGCGUUUUGUCACACGCCAUAAGCUCAUGUGGGUCUUCUCGAAAUCUUCAUGGCGGGGUUCAGUACCACUGUGCAGCAAUGAGAAUUGGGUUUAUUUCCAAUGUUUAUAUUGGAAGCUCUUUGGUGAGUUUCUACGGGAGAUGCGGUGAGCUGCAGAGUGCAUAUAAGUUGUUCGACGAAAUGCCUGUGAGAAAUGUCGUGUCUUGGACUGCCAUUAUUUCCGGGUUUGCGCAAACGUGGCAGGUUGAUGUGUGCUUGCAGCUUUUCAGUGAAAUGAGAAACUUUUUGGAACCGAAUGAUUUUACGUAUGCAAGUAUUCUGAGUGCUUGUACUGGCAGUGGAGCUCUUGGGCAUGGAAGAAGUGCUCAUUGUCAAACCAUCCGAACGGGCUUUGAUUCGUACAUUCACAUUGCUAAUGCUCUUAUCUCAAUGUAUUGCAAGUGUGGGGAUGUUAAAGAUGCGCUUUACAUAUUUGAAAAUUUGGAUGGCAGAGAUAAUGUAUCUUGGAACUCCAUGAUUGCCGGGUAUGCGCAGCACGGCCUUGCAUUGCAGGCCGUCGAUCUUUUUGAAGAAAUGAAGCGGCAACGUGUGAAACCUGAUGCCAUUACUUUAUUGGGCGUGCUCUCUUCGUGUCGUCAUGCAGGUCUUGUCAAAGAAGGCCGGCUUUACUUCAAUUCAAUGAUCAAAGAGCAUGGUAUUCAUCCAGAACUAGAUCAUUAUUCGUGUGUUGUUGACCUUCUUGGCCGGGCUGGUCUAUUAGAAGAGGCUCGAGAAUUCAUUGAAAAAAUGCCUAUUCGUGCCAACGCAAUUAUAUGGGGGUCGCUGCUUUCUUCCUGUAGGGUUCAUGGGAGUGUGUGGAUUGGCAUUGAGGCUGCAGAGAGUAGGCUAUUACUAGAGCCAGAGUGUGCUUCAACCCACGUGCAAUUGGCAAACCUGUAUGCUAGUGUGGGAUGUUGGGAUGGGGCAGCAAGAAUGCGUAAGUUGAUGAAAGAUAAAGCAAUUAAGACAAGUCCUGGGUUCAGCUGGAUUGAGAUUGGUAACGAGGUUCACAAAUUUAGAGCAGAAGACUGUUCAAAUCCCAAAAUGAUUGAAAGUAUUGAUCUCUUGGAUAGUUUGGCAGACCACAUUAAAACUUUAGCCUAUGAGCCUGAAAUGGAAGAGGAAGAUUAAGCAUGAUUUAUUUUGCUAUCAAAGCGGCUAGCAAAUAGCAAUCGAUAUAAAAUCUACUUUAAAGAUUGAUUUGUUCUGCUC